GAGAGAGAGAGAGAGAGAUACAGAGAGAGAGAGAGAGAGAUACAGAGAUACAGCCUUAGGAGGAGAUGAGAUUGUAAGACCAAGACAGCAGGCAGGAAGGCAGGCAGGCUGUGCGUCAGCCGGCGCUCCAUAGGGAAACAUGGAGACAAGCAGGAGAUGCUGAAGAGGACAGAACAAACCAUAACAGGAUCAUACAGAUGGAUGUUAUUUCAUCAAGUAGGCAACCUGAAGGCAACAGAGGAUAAACCACUUAUGGACGCAGUGGAUUAAAGACCUACAGACAGACUGAGAGAGGGAGAGGGAGAAUAGAGAAGGAGAAAUUAAUUAAUUCACUUGUUUAUUUUCAUUGUCUGUGUGUGCGCACUUGCUGUCAGAAAGACUGUGUGUGUGCCUGUGUACAGUGUGUACGUGCAUAAGGCAGGAGACUGCAUUGCUGCUCCCCAGCACCACACCAUAGACAAAAAAGAAGGCAGCCGAGCAGAUUACCUUAUGUGUUUUUCCUUUUUUUUGUCUCUCUAUGCAUGUGUGUGUUCUUUCGCUGUGCAACCAGACACAGUGUGUGUGUGUGUGUGAAGGCUGAGAAUAAGAAGAGGAUGGUGAAGCCUAAAGUGAGCUGCAGAUUCUGACUUUAAAUAGUCUUUUUGUUUUUGGUCUGAUCAUCGGGACCGAGCUUAAGAAACAGAAUAUUUCUCUUUUUCUUUCUUUCUUCAUCACACAACAUGUUACAGCUCCAGUUAGGGCAUCGAUACUGAUAAGAGAGCCUAAGGGUGGCUUCUAUGCUGGAGGCUUGGAGGUUUGAAGGGCUGCCACCCGGGACACUUCUCGGCUCUACACCCCAGGGAGGUGUAGGCAUCAUCAGGUAGGAGGCGGCUGAACGCGGGGGUCUGAGCGGAAAGCAGGACAGGAGUAGGAAUAAGAGUUGUGCGCGUGUGUCGUGGACUGUGUAGGCAGGCCGAUGGCCAGCCGGUGGAACUGCCUGAUGGUUUAAACUCCUGCUGAGAGAGGAUAAUGGCAGUUCUGGGCCCACUCUCGUCCUCUCUCACCUGCAUCUUCCACAGCAAAGCUGGAAAGUGCUAGUCGAUGCUACAAGGAGCCCACUGAGAGGAUGGUGUGAACAGUCUCACCCAUUCCCACCACGCCGGGAGACCCCUGACACCCCUGUGAGGGGGCCACGUUUUGUUGUUCACCUUGUUUCUCCUUCCUCUUCUCCAAACCAGCUGAAAACAAGGGGUGGCUUGAUUUGUGUGGGAGUUCUCUCCCUCUCCUCAUCCUCACCCCUGACCUCACCUACCUCCAAACUGAGCUCCAUGGACUGGUUUUAGCACCAACCUGUCCUUUUUUCUCCCUUCGUUUUCUUUUUCUUUUCUUUUUCUUUUUGUCGAGGCUUCAGGGGAAUUGCCAGGACCUGUUUCAUGCAUGUCCACUGGCGGCAGGUUCAACUUUGACGAUGGGGGGUCAUACUGCGGAGGGUGGGAGGAGGGCAAGGCACACGGGCACGGGAUCUGCACAGGACCCAAGGGCCAGGGCGAGUACUGCGGUUCCUGGGCCCAUGGCUUCGAGCUGCUGGGUGUCUACACUUGGCCCAGUGGGAACACCUACAAGGGCACCUGGGCUCAGGGCAAGAGACACGGUGUGGGCGUCGAGAAUAAAGGCCGCUGGGUGUACAAGGGCGAGUGGACGCACGGCUUUAAGGGACGUUACGGCGUGCGGGAGAGCACAGGGACCAGCGGAAAGUACGAGGGGACUUGGAACAAUGGGCUGCAGGACGGAUACGGAACAGAGACGUAUUCAGAUGGAGGAACAUUUCAAGGCCAGUGGGUUGGCGGGAUGCGGCAUGGCUACGGAGUUCGCCAGAGUGUCCCAUACGGCAUGGCGGCCGUCAUCCGCUCCCCACUCCGUACUUCCAUAAACUCUCUCCGCUCCGGUUCGGAGCACAGCAAUGGUACAGCUCUGCUGGACCGGACCGGGGCAGUGGUUCCUGGUCCUCCUCCUGUUCCUGGCACUUUGACCACCAGCGUCUCCAUGUGCAGCACGGGCAGCAGCGGCAGCAGCCCCGCUGUGUCUCGGGGAGGUUUUGUGCUGACGGCACACAGCGAGGCUGAGCUGCUGAAGGGGAAGAGAAAAGGCGGGCUGUUCCGGAGGUCCAUCCUGUCUGGGCUCAAGCUGAGGAAGUCCGAGUCAAGAAGCUCCCUGGCCUCCCAGAGGUCCAAACAGAGCUCGUUCAGGAGCGAGGCUGGGAUGAGUACUGUGUCCUCUGCUGCAUCUGAUAUCAACUCCACUAUCAGUCUUGGAGAUGCAGAUGCUGAGUUGGCUGUCGCAGACGACGAUGUGGACGCCACGGCAACAGAGACCUACUGCGGGGAGUGGAAGAACGACAAGCGGACAGGAUUCGGUGUGAGUCGGCGGUCUGACGGGCUGCAGUACGAGGGGGAGUGGCUUAGCAACAAACGCCACGGCUACGGCUGCACCACGUUUCCCGAUGGCACAAAAGAGGAAGGGAAGUACAAACAGAACAUCUUGGUGAGCGGCAAAAGGAAGAACCUGAUUCCCCUCCGGGCCAGUAAGAUCAGAGAGAAGGUGGACCGAGCCGUGGAGGGAGCACAGAAAGCAGCCGACAUCGCCCAACAGAAGGCUGAGAUCGCCUUGUCCAGGACGGCUCAUGCACAGGGUAAAGCCGAGGCAGCAGUAGGAGCAGCUCAGAAAGCCCAGGAGGAGAGUCGCAUGGCGAGGGUCACCGCCAAGCAGUUCUCCCCUUCGUUCCAGCACCCAGGAAAUGGAAUGGAGGUGCAGCGUCCCAAACGUCAGGUGUCCAGCGAGGUGGAGGGUGAGGGGUUGUCGAGUAGCGCUGGCACCGCUGACAGCCCCGACCUUUAUGUAAAGAGCGCGGGCUCCGACGACCCAUCUAACGAUGCCGCCACCCCUGAUCUCAGCCCCCCUUCUUCCUCACCGCCCCACACCCCUCCUCCCCCCGCCAGGCCGUCCCAACGCAGCAAGAGUGCCCGCUUCCACCGACAGAGCGCCGUGGACCACGGGGACAAGGGGAAGGACGGAGGAGAAAGGGGUGAGAAAGGUGGGGGAGGGCAGACGGAGAUCCAGGUGUUGAUGGAGGGAGGAAGUGGGGGAGGUGAAAGUGGAGGAGGAGGGAAGGGGGAGUACACACGGGCCAACAGCUGGAGCGAAGACAAGCGGAGAGGGAUGUUGUCGAAAGGAGGAGGUGUGCUCAGCGGACGAGGAGCGAGCCGCACCAACGGACACAAACACAGCUCCUCCAAUCACAAGUCCCGGGAGCACGGAUCGUCCAAUCACAGACAGGCCAGAGGGGACAGGUGGACAGAGUCGUCCUCAACUGCGUCUUGGACGUCGGGGCGCAGGGGCGUGCACGGUAGGGGAGGCCGGCUGCUGGAGCAGGAUGAGGAGAAAAUAAGCAAUUAUGAGAUGGAGAUGAAGCCUUUACAGCCAAGAGACUCCACUACCCACAAGCCCCAUGGGUCCGGGGAGGAGAGGCCUGAGCAUAGUCAUGCUCAUGGAGAGGAGCGCCCGCACACCGUGCAACGACAGAGGCAUAAGAACCGUGAAGGGGGGGAAGAAAAGGAGAGGAGGGAAGGAGGUAAAGACUCAGCGCACAAGCUGGACAGACUGGGGGAAAAGAUGGAUUCACGGCCUCUACGUCGGGACCUCACUCUCUCCCCCCCGCUGAAGUCCUCCCCCAUCAUACCGGAGCAACAGGACCACAGCCUCAUGCAGAGCAAAGGCAACCCGGCCUACAGCUCUUUCCUGGUUGUCAUGGUGAUUCUGCUCAACAUUGGAGUGGCUGUUUUGUUUAUCCACUUUUUUAUUUAAAGACAGCACAGCUUUCAGAGUCAGCCUAUCGCUACAACAACUAUAAAUUCAUAUGAGUAUUACGACGAAUCUGCUGCCCCUUUCGUUUUCCUGGCGGUUCCUGGACUGCAACCAGCUGAAAGAAGACAAGGUCCAAGGAGGGCUCCACCAAUAUUU